GUAAGUCGGGAUGCUUUUUGAUAUGCACAUGCGUAAUCUAACCAGGGAAUCUCUGGCUAUUAAUCCCAUCUAUAAAACUAUUGACUGCUUUAGAAGGCAAUGGUUUUAAAACUAUUGCCCUGAAGUGAUCUCAAAACUGCGCCAUGCCUUGAUUUAGAGUCGAAGGGCACAGUUCAGUCUCAAGAUCACUGAGAAUCAGUGGUUUUAGCCAUGACCUGAAAAUGCAGUCAGUAUAUGAAGAGUUUAAUUCCAAAGGAGCUAUUGCUAAAUCUAUUUUUGUAACUUUAGAGAAAAAAGGAUUUGUUUACCAGAUUUUGUACAGGUGUUUAUGGAAAAGUGAUAUUAGAAGGUGCAUUUUUUUAUAAUUGCUCCCAAAAUUUAGGUAAAUACAUUUGUUGAAAGACAGGUACUUAAUUGAAUACUGCUCUGAUAUCCCUAACUCAAUUUUCAUCAAAAGUGGAUUUAGCUUCUUUUGGAAUUAAACUCUUCAUAAUUCAUAUGUUUAGUGAUCUGCAUCCCAUGUUCUUAGAAUAGUGAAAUGUUGAUUAAAUCGUUCUGCCCAUUUCCAUUUGUAUUGGUGUCAUUCCUGUAUUCACUUCAAAAGGAUCCAUGCGAUCAUUCCUCUAUAUUUGUGACACCAUCUAAUAUUCCAUUUUUAUGUCUGAAGUUUUUAACAAUUACUACUGUUACAAAUAAUUGUAUUUCCAUAGUCAGCAUGUGAAUUGCAUACAUUGAUUGUUGGUAGGUAGGACAAACAGUGUGGUAUAUUGGCAAUAUGUAUAUAUUCACUGUCACUAUGACAUUCAAAAUUCUUCCAAAAAUAUGAUCAUGUAUCUUGUAUGUAAAUAAUCUGAGACCAUUGAUUGGUUCAAGGGAAUGUACUUAAUGAUGUUUUAUAUAUUAGCAGGUCACAUUUCUAGUUAAGAUGGGAAAAAUGAAGAAAUGAAGAAUUAUUAUUUGAUUUUGAGACUUUAAUGCUGAUUUUUAGAAAUCUUAUAUGUGUUGAAAUCCAUUCUGUAUUUCAACACAAAGGGACUCUGUUUAGUAUGUGCAGUGAAGUUUGAAUGUUGUGAUAUAUUUAGCAUUCUAUCUAUGACCAAAAAAAGACCAAAUGACAGUGAACCACAAAGAGGGUACAUGUUUGGCCGAUGUGCUUAAUUUGAGAUGUGACAGAUGAGAUAGAUGUAUUGUAUUGCAGUUGUCUGAACCUUAGUUUCACACAUUUCUUGAAAAAUGCACAAAGGUUAAAGUGCUAAAGAUUGAAAUAUUUUCCUUUUCUUACUUGGCAGAUCAAUUUCGAUUGAGACAAUACAGCCCAGAUUCAAUAAACUGUUUAUGCAGGUUGUCAAAUGAAUACAUAGACUAUAGUACUUAUUGAUGACUAGGCUUAGUAAGUUUUUAUGAAUAUGAGCCAAGAGGGUGUUUCAUAAGGCUGUGCGUAAAGUUACGCAUGACUUCACAAAUGACUUGAAUAUGAAGAGCUAAAUGGGAUUCUCAAAUGCUUUUAAUUGCAUAAGUUUAAAUGCAAAGUGUCUUUUUGGCUACAAUUUAAUUGAAAUUAUGGGAAAUACAGUCACUCUUUUUUUAAAUGUCAGAAAAACAUUUGUAACGUCAUUUGUAACUUUACGCACAGCUUUAUUUAACACCCCCAGGCAUCUAAUACAUGUUCAUGUUUAUGUAGUCGCAUGGAUCACACUGGUAAGGCAGGGGCACAAUGUCACUUGCCUCAUCAUGGAUGAAUACAAAGAGAGAGCUGACGAUCCCGAGCUUAAGAAAUACUUCAACUUUGAGAUAUACAGAAACACCGAUCCUCACUAUACAACUAAGGAAUACUUCCAAUUUGUCUCGGAUUUAGCCUUCAACGAUGAGGGCGGGUUGAGAAGCUUCGGCAAAAUGAUGUACUUGUCGAAAGAACUUCUCCGCAAGUCUUGUCUUUUUGUCUUGGAAGAUAAGGAGAUGAUGAAACGUCUUGAGAAGAUGGAUGCCAUGGUGAGUGACGUUAGUUGGCUCUGCAGUAGUGUGAUAAAGCUCUACUUGAAGAAACACGCUAAUUCUGAUAUUCGUAUCAUUUUAAACGUACCCAAUACACCAAACGCGAUGAUCUUAGACCUUGCCGGAUCUCCGGUUAAUCCGGCCUAUCAACCAAGUACGAUGUCCGGCCUCACUUCAAAUAUGACUUUUAUCGAAAGAACAAUCAACACAAUAUCUACUGCCGUUUUCCGCUCUUUUGGCAACCAAAUGGGGUCUUACUUUUUGUCAUUUGCAGAACAGUUUGACUUGGAAGAUGAAAUAAUGGCGAUGGGUCCGCCAGCGGCAGAUUUGUUCCUGGGGAAUUUUGACUUCGCAGUUGAAUUUCCCUUUCCUAUCACCCCGAAUGUUAUCCCGGUAGGAGGUGUAACUGCGGAAGCACCAAACGACCUUCCUCAAGAACUGGAAGACUUCAUCCAGAGUUCUGGAGAUGACGGGAUUGUGGUGUUCACCUUGUCAACCUACUUCGCGUCUGUCACGACAUCCAGACCUCACCUACUGAAGAUGUUCAUCGAUGCGUUGGCUAAGCUCCCCCAGAAGGUCAUCAUCCAGCUCAAGGUCAUGCCCCAGUACGAUCUCCCGCCAAACAUUAAAGCGUUGCCAUGGCUACCUCAGAAUGACCUCCUGGGUCAUCCCAAAACUCGGCUCUUCAUGUAUCAUGGCGGAAACAACGGCUUCUACGAAGCGGUGUACCACGGCGUACCCAUCGUCGUCGUACCGUUCAUCGCGGAUCAAUUCGACACCGCGGUCAAAGUCACGUCGCAUGGGAUGGGACUGCAGCUCGACAAACGUACGCUCAGCGCCGACUACAUUCACAAGCACGUCGCGGAAGUGUUAGGAGACGAGAAAUACAGCUUAGCAGCCAAACGUCUGUCCACCAUCUUAAGAAGUCGACCAAUGGAACCAGUUGAUCGAGCUGCCUUUUGGAUCGAACACGUGAUCAAACAUGGCGGUGAUUAUAUGCGAUCCCCUGGGAAGGAUCUAUCGUUUAUCCAAUAUAAUUUGAUCGACGUUUUUAUGUUUUUGAUAGGAAUCGGGGCACUUCUUUUAUUCGUAUUCUACAAGAUCGUGCGCUGUUGCAUUUCGUGUUGCUGGGGAAAGAAAAUUAGCCACAAGAGUAAAAGUGACUGA